UCAGCUAAUCAGACCUCUCCCCAAAAAUCCCUGAUCCUGGUUCCAGAGGAAUAUGACAGUUCAUAUGAGGGAUCGGUGUCCUUCAGGGAUGUGGCUGUAGAUUUCAGCAGAGAGGAGUGGCAGCAUCUAGACCUUGCUCAGAGAAACUUGUACCGGGAUGUGAUGUUGGAGACCUACAGUCACCUGCUUUCAGUAGGGUAUGAAGUUCCCCAACCAGAAGUUUUCAUGUUGGAGCAAGGAAAGGAGCCCUGGGCAUUGCAGGGUGAGAGCCCACAUCAGAGCUGUUCAGAAGAAUUGUGGCAGAUUGAUGACCAGACAGAAAGCUAUCAGCAAAGAGAAAACAAAUCUUUAAGCGAUGUUGUUUUCAUCAAGAAAAUACUGACUGCAAAGAAGGAUUAUGAAUAUAAGGACAUUAGAAAAAUAAUCCAUGUGAGCCAAAACAUUCUCUCCCCCAAAAGAGCCCCUCAGUGUGAUUCAUUUGGAAACGCUUUGAAGCAUAAUUUAGAUUUACACAGUCAUUAUAGAAACAGUGCAUCAAAGAACAUGAAUAAGAUUACUGAAUAUGGUAAAAUUUCUUCCUCUACUGACCCUGAGUGUUCUCCAACAGGAGAGAAGUUAUGGGACCAUAAUCAAUGUGGAAAUAUCCUCAGCUAUAAACAAGCACCCUCUCAACAUCAAAAAAUUCAUACUGGGGAGAAAUCUUAUGAAUGUGCUGAAUUUGGAAAGAUCUUCACCCAGAAGUCACAGCUGAGGGUACAUAUGAAAGUUCAUACAGGAGAAAAACUCUAUGUGUGCAUUGACUGUGGGAAAGCUUUUGUAAAGAAGCCAGAAUUCAUUACACAUCAGAGAACCCAUACUAGAGAGAAGCCCUAUAAGUGCAGUGAAUGUGGAAAAGCUUUUUUCCAAGUAUCUUCUCUCUUAAGGCAUCAAAGAAUUCAUACUGGAGAAAAACUUUAUGAAUGCAGUGAAUGUGGAAAAGGCUUCUCUUACAACUCUGAUCUCAGUAUACACCAGAAAAUUCAUACUGGAGAGAGACACCAUGAAUGCAGUGAUUGUGGCAAAGCAUUUACACAAAAGUCCACGCUCAAGAUGCAUCAGAAGAUUCACACAGGUGAGAGAUCUUAUAUAUGUAUUGAAUGUGGACAGGCCUUCAUACAGAAGACACACUUGAUUGCACACCGAAGAAUCCAUACUGGAGAAAAACCAUAUGAAUGCAAUAACUGUGGGAAGUCCUUCAUUUCUAAGUCACAACUCCAGGUACAUCAACGAAUUCACACAAGAAUGAAACCCUUUAUAUAUACUGAAUAUGGGAAGAUCUUCAACAAUAGUUCCAAUCUCAUUACACAUAAGAAAGUUCAAAUUAGAGAGAAAUCGUCCAUAUGUACUGAAUGUGGUAAGGCCUUUACGUACAGGUCAGAACUGAUUAUACAUCAGAGAAUUCACACUGGGGAAAAACCUUAUGAAUGCAGUGAUUGUGGAAAAGCCUUUACUCAGAAGUCAGCACUCACAGUGCAUCAGAGAAUUCAUACAGGAGAAAAAUCUUACGUAUGCAUGAAAUGUGGACUAGCCUUUAUCCAGAAGGCUCACUUGAUUGCACAUCAAAUAAUUCAUACUGGAGAGAAACCUUAUAAAUGUGGCCACUGUGGGAAAUCCUUUACUUCCAAGUCACAACUCCAUGUACAUAAACGAAUUCACACAGGAGAGAAGCCUUAUAUGUGCGCUAAAUGUGGGAAGGCAUUCACCAACAGGUCAAAUCUCAUUACGCAUCAGAAAACUCAUACAGGAGAGAAAUCCUAUAUAUGUCCUAAAUGUGGAAAGGCCUUCACACAAAGGUCAGAUUUGAUUACACACCAGAGAAUUCAUACUGGAGAAAAACCUUAUGAAUGUGGUACCUGUGGAAAAGCCUUUACCCAAAAGUCACACCUCAAUAUACACCAGAAAAUUCAUACCGGAGAAAGACAGUAUGAAUGCCAUGAAUGUGGGAAAGCCUUCAACCAGAAAUCAAUACUUAUUGUGCAUCAGAAAAUUCAUACAGGAGAGAAACCUUAUGUAUGUGGUGAGUGUGGUAGAGCUUUCAUCCGGAAGUCAAACUUCAUUACUCAUCAGAGGAUUCAUACUGGAGAGAAACCUUAUGAAUGCAGUGAUUGUGGGAAAUCCUUCACGUCCAAAUCUCAGCUCCUGGUGCAUCAACCAAUUCACACGGGAGAAAAACCGUAUGUGUGUGCUGUGUGUGGGAAAGCCUUUAGUGGCAGAUCAAAUCUCAGUAAACACCAAAAAACCCAUACAGGAGAAAAGCCCUACAUCUGUUCUGAAUGUGGGAAGACCUUCAGACAGAAGUCAGAGUUGAUUAUACAUCAUAGAAUCCACACUGGAGAGAAGCCUUAUGAAUGCAGUGACUGUGGCAAAUCUUUCACUAAGAAAUCACAACUCCAAGUGCAUCAGCGAAUUCACACAGGAGAAAAGCCUUAUGUAUGUGCUGAGUGUGGGAAGGCUUUCACAGACAGGUCAAAUUUGAAUAAACAUCAGACAACACACACUGGAGACAAACCCUAUAAGUGUGUAGUCUGUGGGAAAGGCUUCGUCCAGAAAUCUGUGCUCAAUGUCCAUCAGAGUAUUCACACUUGA